GAAACCCUGCCGUCAGUGGCGACCGCCCAGUUCUGAAAUCACAUCCUCGCCGCCAUGUCGGACGUCAACGCGCUCGUGAUCGAACCCUUGAAGCAAUUCGCCAAGAACAGCGUCCACUUGGUGAAGAAGUGCACCAAGCCCGACCGCAAGGAAUUCGCCCGCAUUGCCGGUGCCACCGGUGUUGGCUUCCUCCUCAUGGGGUUCAUUGGUUUCUUCGUCAAGUUGGUCCACAUCCCCAUCAACAACAUCCUUGUGGGUGGCGGUAGUGCCUAAGCGACGACGCGGCAGUGCAAAAGGACCCGUCUGGAUCGGCCCGUCCAAACGACCGCCACACGCGCAACCCUUUGUUAGAGUAAGGAGAUAGUUUAUUAGUAUGACGCUCAAUAUCAAUUGACAUUCCCA